GACAGUUUCUGACAGCUUGCCACAACCGGAAGUAGUCACUAAGGUUUCCACGCGACAACUAAUAUACACAUAUAUCUUAUUUUGCUAUUACUUAGUAUGAACUUUGAUAACGAUUUAACUGACAACUGUAGUGCAAAAAGCGUCAACAAAUACGCAGUUACUAUUUUAUAUUUCCGGUCAGGGAAAAACUUUUCACUCUGACACGCAGCCAGCCCCGCCUAAUUUUACAGGACACGAGCAACGGUUUAUUACAACUGCGAUUGGCUCUGACAGUCCAAAUGACGUGAAGUUAAACCAACCAGCCUCGGAGACAAUUGAAAACGAUCCCCGACCAGGUGGAACGUAUAUCCAAUUAAACUUGGAUUUGGUGAUAUUCCUGACCAAUCGUGUGUGUCACUUUGGCGUACGUCCAAUCAGAUCCAACCCUGGAUUCUUUUCAAAGAUUGUUUCAGGAAGUGGUUUAAAAUACCAGGAAGUUGUAAACAUUGACGGCUAUUCGGUUAGCUUACAUCUACAGCUGUAUGGACGCGCAAUUGUUCGUUUAAACAAUCGUUUUACUCGCCGUUUUUCUGUGUAUUUUCGAAAUUUAUCCGACCGGCCUCUUCGUGAAACGUGAAGAUACCGAUUCCCCCGCGAGUUUUGUAGUGUAUCAGGAACGCUAACAUUAGCUGCGGUUGCUAGACGAGAGAGGCUCACCGUCGCCUCGAAAUUGAAUGUUAAAGGCACUCCCGUCAUUCGUAAGCGCAAAGAAAUUGGUAACGUCACUGUGAAUUCUUCUUUCUGCUGUAAUUGCACUAUCAAGGCGGCGUGAAACGCCAACGCCAGAGUUCGCAACACCAAAGCAGGACGACCAUGUCGACGUCCAACGCCAAUUUCAAAAACAAGUGUGUCGCCCAGGUGAAUUGCAUCUUUUGUGACAGCGUGCUUUGUACGAGAGGCAUGAAAGCCGUGCUUCUUGCAGACACCGAGGUUCAGCUGUUUUCGACUGAUAUACCUCCAAAUCGAACUGUUGACUUUGUGGCCAGCUGCUACUCGACUGAAAGCUGCAAGUGCAAACUGAGAGAUAUUGCAUGUCUCAAGUGUGGUAACGUAGUAGGCUAUCAUGUUGUGGCCCCCUGUAAGCCCUGCCUGCUCUCCUGUAAUAACGGACACUUCUGGAUGUUCAACAGUGACGCCGUUUCCACUCUCAACAGAUUGGAUGCAACAGGUCUUAAUCUGCUCCUGUGGGGAGAUCUGCCUGAACUAGAUGACAGUGAAAAUGAGGAACCAGAAAGCCCGUCAGAGGAGGAGUGUAUCAGGUAAAAAUGGACACGAGAGACCCGGAGACGCUUGCAGCAGCUGACAGCGUUGAGAUGGAACUGGAUGAGUGGGAGAUAUGGGGGACCUUAGAGUGUCAUUUAACUCUGAAUCACAUCGGACUAAAAGGUGCUGCUUUGUUUUGGCUCAAAUGAGGCCAAGGUAGUCUUGAAGCCACGCCCAGUCAGCAUGUCACGGCAGGUGCUUUGCCCCUGGACAGCUGGUGGAACACCUGCUCUGACACGCAGGGAUUAGUUGGGCCAGAGGGGUGGCACACUCCAAAGGUUGACUCCCUGGAAAACAGCAUAGUGGAUGUGCUCGAGCAAUGUAAAACUCACACUCCACCUUUUUUGAAAAAAUGCCAUUGAACUUCAACUGUUAAUCGCCUGUAAUGAGUACAGUUCCACUUGCAUCCUGCGGGUGACAGUAAUAAGCAACACGACGUGAAAUGCACAAUAGAGUCCGCCGCAGAAAGUCACGGACUAAUUCAAUAUCGUUUACUCUUAAAACCUUGGCCUUGCCUUUCAUAUCACCUCCACUCAGAAAAUAUAUGUUGUUACUCAGCUGUUCUGCCCUUUAAGCACAUGCUCAUGCUAUGUAAAUUGCAAUCAUCACCACCAGCCUCUCCUGUCGAGCGAAAGGCACACUCUUAUAAACAAUUUCAACGGCUCAUCAAAUUUUAUACCAUGCUUACAUUAAGCAUGGCUUUCUGUUAUGAUGACGUCAAAUCAAGUAAAAUGAAAAUCAACAGUAAAGUGUGGCACUGCGACUGAACCAGUGUGUGUCUUGAAUGGGGUUGAGGCGGGGGGGUGUUGCACAGUCAAUUUAAAGGGCCAAUGAUACACGGGCUACACAAAGUGAUCUUGUAGAGUGUGUGAUGCAUCGAUAUGUUGAAGCAUAUAUGCCACAAAUAUUACUGGAUAUGUGAUGCUGUGACAUUGACUGAACUAUUUAUUUAGCACAUUUGAAAGAGGCCUGAGAAUUGCUCUUUGUUUUGUUUUUGUAAUGUAGCACUUCGAGCGUGGACAAUUUCUAAAAAAAAAAAAAGAACUGAAAUAUUGAACUGCGGCUUUCCGUCGUGAUGCUGUGGAGUCUUAAUGGUCAAAUGCCAGGAAGCUGAAUAUCAGAACACGUGUUCUCGUAGGAAAUAUUGAGGAAAGCAAUCUAUUCCAUUGUCAAACUGCCACCAUUUUAGGAACUUUGACAGGAUUUGUUUUAUGUAACGUGAACAUUUGUAAUGUUUAAAAAGUUGACAAUUGUAAUAUUAAUAUAUGAAACCAGUAAAACCCUCUUUAUGAAAAAAAAGAUAAAGUCGGUGUGCCUCAUGUAUCUUAUUUUAACAACACGCAUGUAGAAAGAAUUUAUCACCAAAGAAAUGUGAAUGUGUUGAAAUAUUAAAACGCUCCACCAUUGACGGGUGAUGUAGCAGCUAGCCAAUCUUCAGCUAGACUCAAGUAUUGACAAGCCCUCCAUUUCUGAAUCAUACAACCAUUGCAGUGUUUUGUUUGGAUGUUUCUGUAUUCUAUUGGGCAUAAUCUGAUUUAAUAAUGGGUAUACCUGAGUGAACCCUUUGGGCUCAGUGGCUCUAUGCUCAGCAUAGUAUGCUGUAGUUUGACCAGUGUCAUUGGACUUCCAUUUAUGACGUCCUCUUUGAGACAAUGCUAAAAUGUGAAUGUCGGCUCGGCAUCCUUUGUGUCCUCUGUUUGCAGAAAAACAAGAUUAUUGCUAUGCAGUUGUGCAUCUUUGUUUGUGCGUGUGCAAUGGGGCAAGGCAAGCUCAUCCUUAUGACUGACAGUCCGCAGAACAAAUAUUAUCAAUGUAGUCACCCACUUGAAUACUUAAAACCACAUGCUUCCUUUUUGUUUACAGUCUUUGUUUACAAAUUAAUUGGUUUGUUAUGUGCAUUUAAUGUAUUUUAUAUUUCAUUUGUGAUUUUUUUUUUUCCAGGGGUUUCUUACCCUGGGGGUUGGGGUGUAUAAUUUUACCACAAUAAGGUAUCACUUAUGACUUCCUCUGGCUUGGACAAUGGUCACAUGAUGGUUAAAAAAUAUUUAAAUGUUUAUGAAGUGAAUUAACUUUUAAUUAAUUGCCCUGCUGAAAUUGUAUAUUUUGUAAUUGCACUGAAACUGCGUUGGUAAUUUGGAAAAUUGAUUGUUGUUUUGUAUCCUUGUUGAAUUAAUAAUAAACGUUUUUAUUUAACAAAAAUA